AAGCAUAAAAAUCAAACACUGAAUAAGAAUAAUAGUAGUAGUAAUUUAGUUUGUACAUCUUCUGAAUUAUCUGUCACUAUUCCUACAGCACAAGAACAACAAACUUAUGUUGAAUGGGAAGACAAAACUCCAAAUGUGGCAAAAAAAUUUGGAAUUACUUAA